AUGGAGGAUCUGGGCAUAACCACCGGGUCCACCAACCGGCUGCCGGAUGUGAAUCAACUUAGCACAUUGCAGAUUAAUACAACUAAUGGGCCGAUUACGCUCUCGAAAAGCCGGGCGCAGAGACAGAGGUCAACUACAAUGACACUUGCCAAUGAUGAACAGAAUCACAUCAACUCUCCUAACUGGUGCUUAGCUCGGGCAAGCAGCCCUGCAUCAGCAUCAAUCCCAGAGUCUCAUUUGGCACUGAAAAAUGAUGUGGAGCUUAUCAGAGCUCAGCUCCAUGCCCAGACCGAGGCUUUUCAAGCACUGAGCCACUCAAUUACUUUGUUAGAGCAAGAGAGCAACUACCAGCAGGGUAGGAUCAAUGCACUGGAAGAGGAAGUAAAAUUUGCUGCCCACUUAUCCCGUGGAGAGAUGUUUGAUGAGCUAAUACAGAAAAAAAUCCAAGAGCUUUGGAAAACCAUGAACAAAGAGGUAGAAGGGCUUCAGAGUUCCAUGGUCCAGAAACAAAGUUCAAUGGAGAAUCUGUCUCAAGAUGUCCUUGAGAGCAAAAAAUUCCUUUGGGAAGAGUUGGAAUCAGUUCAGGGUGAACUGCGGCGCAUCCAUCAAAAACUGAGUAAGUAG